UCUCAGAUUCAACAGGAGAAGCUUAUCUACACCCAGACAUCAGUUUUGUACAGAGAAAUCAUGAGCAAAGAGUCUUGAGCUGUUUCCGCAAGGUUCACUUUUGACAGUGAGCACAGGAAGCCCUGUUAAGUCAGUGACAAGGCAGAAAGAGGAACCUCCCCAGCCAUAAGGACCUAAUCAGUCAGGAACACACAGACUUGCUGCGGGAAGCUAGGGAUGUGAAAAGGAAAAGUGAGAUGCUAGCUGGACAGGAGAGGACUGUACAAAAGGAAAGAGUGGCUAGAUGUAUGACACAAUGGACGUGGCAGUGAGAGAAUUGUGUGAGACAUGAAAUCUGACAUUCAUUUUGUUAUGAAGACCUGGAGUGACAGAAUUUUGCUUGCUGUCACAGUGAUCAUGGUCCCAGUUGGGUCAUUCCCAGCAACAGGCUCCAUUCAAAACAGCUCUGUACAGCAUCUUGUCAACAGACCUGCUAGAGCAAUAACAGUGACCAAGGCUGCCACUCAGUCGACUGAAGAAAAAUCCAAUUUAUCUGCAGUGGUUGGUAUGUCUGCCACACUGGUGCAUCCUUGGAAAAAGCAAAUAACCUUGCUAACAGUAUGGAAUGUGAAAUUGAUAAAUGGGACAAAUUGUCAUUUAUCCUACAUGAGAAGCAAAAAUCUAUCUGAUACAAACUGCAGUAAGAACAUUAACUGGUUUUCUAGACCCGAUCAAGAACAUGCUCUUCUUAUAAAACCGGUACAGAUUUUCAACGAAGGAUUUUAUAAGUGCUCCACUUCAGUCGAUCAGGGCACUUUCAUCCACGAGUAUGCUCUAACUGUGUUAGUGCCUCCUCAGGUGCUCCUGACCUAUGGCUCCAAUGGAACUGCUGUUUGUGUGGCAGCCGCAGGAAAGCCAGCAGCACAGAUCUCAUGGGGCCUGAAACAGAAUUUUAGCAUUGUGAGUGAAACUUUUCCUAAUGGCACAGAGACUGUCAUAAGCACAUAUAAUAUCUCUAGCGCUGAAGAGAAUAACUUAACUUGCCACAUUUCCCAUCCAGCUUGGAACAGUUCCCGUGUCUUAAGUCUCCAAUCAGGUGGAAAUGGUGAAAAACUGGACUUUAAAAUGCCACUUCUGUAUUCCAUCCUCAGUGUUCUCCUGGGAAUUAUUCUGAUUUUGCUUUUUAUCUAUCUCGGCAGACUCCUCUAUGGAAAGCAAAAGGAAGCUGAUACAUCUAAAAGCCCAGAAACAAUUUCAAGACCCAGCAUCCAGGAGAAUGAGGUGGAGCCCUAUGCCACCUUUGUGCAAAAAGAAAAUGUGAUCUACGAUACAACGCUGGAUGCCUCAGUGGGCACACACUUUCCACCAUGACUUUCACCUCCCACAAAAGUCUCCAUCUGACUCUAGCUUUGUGUGCGAUGGAGAGAGA